AUGCAGGCAGAGAAAACAAAGAAUUUUGUCAGUCGAAGCCCCGUCAUAGGAGAAGUGCUCUCCACAGCGGACAUGGCCACAGCAGUAACGUGUGGAAUAAUUUAUUGGCUAUUUGGUGGUGCGGUCAGGAAUCUCAGAAGCCCAGCACAUAUAACUAAGUGGCUUCAGCCACUCCAGGAGCAGAAAUACACUGGGAUGUUUGCAAUGACUAAGAGGGGCCAUGGGAGCAAUGUGAGAGGGAUCCAGACCGAAGCCACUUGUGACCUCACUGCACAGGAGUUUGUGAUCCACACACCAUGUGAAGAUGCUAAAAAGAUGUACAUCGGAAAUGCCAUGCACGGGAACUACGCUGCGGUCUUUGCCCAGCUCAUUGUGGUUGGAUGGUGUUAAGGGCCCCACUGCUUUAUUGUUCCUGUCUGAGACGAAAAUGGAAGCUUGUACCCAGGAGUGACUGUGGUUGAUAUGAUGUACAAAGAAGGUGCGCCUGGUGUGGAUAAUGGGAUUUUAAUAUUUGAGGAGGUUCGGAUACCAAGGGACAACCUGCUGGAUCAGUGGGUGGUGUGUGACCCAGAUGGGCAGUACCAUUCCCCUAUUAAGAACAAGAGUGCAAGAUUCAACGCGAUGCUGCCAGCACUGACCCCUUUGAGAUCAGCGGUGACUUUCCAGGCUAUCGGCGCCAUGAAGGUAGCUGACGCUCAUUGA